AUGACUCAACACAGAGUAGCUUAUUUUUAUAACCCAGACGUAGGAAAUUUUCAUUAUGGCCCUGGACAUCCGAUGAAACCACAUAGGCUAUCCGUAACGCAUAGUUUGGUGCUCAAUUAUGGACUGCACAAGAAAAUGCAGAUUUAUAGACCAUACAGAGCCAGUGCACAUGACAUGUGCCGUUUCCACAGCGAGGAUUAUAUUGAAUUUCUGCAGAAUGUAACUCCACAAAAUAUUCAGAGUUAUUCAAAAGAUUUGCUUCACUACAAUGUAGGUGAUGAUUGUCCUGUGUUUGAGGGUUUAUUCGACUUCUGCUCUAUGUAUACAGGAGCCUCCCUUGAAGGGGCAAUGAAACUUAACAAUAAUGCUUGUGACAUUGCUAUAAAUUGGUCUGGUGGAUUACAUCAUGCAAAAAAGUUUGAACCUUCAGGUUUUUGCUAUGUAAAUGAUAUAGUGAUAGCUAUAUUAGAAUUACUUAAAUUUCACCCGAGAGUGCUAUACAUAGACAUUGAUGUUCACCAUGGUGAUGGUGUGCAAGAAGCAUUCUAUUUAACCGAUAGAGUAAUGACAGUGAGCUUCCAUAAGUAUGGAAAUUAUUUCUUUCCGGGAACUGGAGAUAUGUAUGAAACUGGAGCUGAAAGUGGAAGGUAUUUCUCAGUUAAUGUGCCGCUGAAAGAAGGAAUUGAUGAUCACAGCUAUGUCCAGGUUUUUAAGCCAGUUAUAUCUAGUGUGAUGGAGUUCUAUCGGCCAACCGCAAUUGUACUUCAAUGUGGCGCUGAUUCCUUAGCUGGGGAUCGACUUGGAUGUUUCUCACUUUCAACUCGAGGUCACGGGGAAUGUGUGCAAUUUGUCAAGAAUCUGAAUCUUCCCACACUUGUUGUAGGAGGAGGAGGUUAUACCCUCCGUAACGUGGCACGUUGUUGGACAUAUGAGACCUCACUUCUAAUAGACGAAGACAUAUCAAAUGAGCUUCCAUACACUGAGUAUCUUGAGUUUUUUGCACCGGAUUUCCAGUUGCAUCCUGAAGUAUCUGGGACAACAAAUGCUAACAGUAAGCAGUAUUUGGAUGCAAUAAGCAAAUAUGUAUAUGACAAUCUGAAGAUGUGUCAGCAUUCACCUGCCGUACAGAUGUCACAUAUACCAGGUGACUUCUUUCCCGAAGAAGAGAGGAUAAAAGAGGAGCCAGAUCCGGAAAUCCGUAUCAGUCAAGAGGAAGCAGAUAAAAUGGUGGAGCCUAAGAACGAGUUUUAUGAUGAUGAGAAAGACAAUGACAAGGAAUCAGUACCAGAGAGCAAGGAGUCCUAG